AUGGCUCUGUUUCCCGACCAACUUCUCGGAUUUGCCGGCCGGACUUGGCUCACUGUCAUUCUCCCCGUAUGUUACGCUACAUACUGCCUGGUAUGGAUCAUAUACGCGCGGACCCUGCAUCCACUUGCGAAGAUGCCGGGCCCGUUUUGGCCCUCUGUGUCAAGAACCUGGGUCAUGUACCGGGCGUACGUCGGAGACCUGGAGAUCGAACAACGUAGGCUGCAUGAGGAGUAUGGACCAUUGCUUCGGGUGGCCCCAGACGAGGUGGUGUGUAACGACCCUAGAGAGAUUGCCACGGUCUACCCACUGAAGGAACCUCUGGAGAAAACAGUAUGGUACGACGCUUGGCGCCCCGCGGGCAUGAACUCGAGGCCAGACAUGUUCAGUAACAGAUCCGAGAAGGACCAUGCUGCCUACCAACGUGUUGUUGCCCAUGUUUACUCGUUGACAAGCGUGUUGAAGAGCGAGUCCGAACUCAAUGCCACCGGAGACCUGUUCAUCCAGCGUCUCAAUGAGUUCGCCGACAGAGGCGAGGAGUUCAACUUCGGCCUUUGGCUGGAAAUGUACUGUUACGACAACAUCGGCGUCGUCUUCUUUGGUCAGCAGUUUGGGUUCCUCAAGGACAGCAUCGACUAUGGCGGAUACAUUGCGGCCGUUCACAAGUCCAUGCCCUUCCUGCACAUUCUUGCAUCGUCGCCAGCAUACAUUCGCCCAUUCUUGAUGAUAGGUGCUGUUGCAAUCCCAAGCAUGUUGAAAGCCGUCACCGCUGUCGACGGAGUCAGACAGACAGCUGAGCGCGAGACCUAUGGUGCUCAGGCGCGCACCGAGGAAGCCACAGCGAAACGAGUCGACAUGACUUCGCAAAUGCUGGGAAUUGUUCGUGAAAAGGGCGCAAAGAAUAACUUCAGUGUGAGGGAAAUCGUCUCGGAGAACUGGACUGCUGUAAUGGCUGGAUCAGACAGCACGUCGAUUGGCCUGCGUUCCAUCUUCUACUUCCUGAUGAAGAAUCCCAAGAAACUCGCGCGCACCAGGGCUGAGAUUGAUGCUGCAUUUGCAGACGGCACAUUGACGUCUCCAACCCUACAGAGCCAGUCCGUCAAAUUGGUUUAUCUCGGCGCAGUGAUCAAGGAAUCGUUUCGCCUGUUUAGUCCAUUCGCUGCUCCCUUCCAGCGAUACGCUCCAGCAGGCGGCCUUGUGCUCGCUGGCACUCCCAUCCCCGCUGGUACCCGCGUCGGUCUCAAUCCUGCGGUCGUGCAUCAUCACAAGGAGGUCUUUGGUGAAGACGCUGGUUCAUUCCGCCCUGAGCGUUGGCUAGAAAGCGAUGUUGAGCAAGUCAAGCUCAUGGAUCGAUGCAUGAUGCAUUUCGGUGCUGGUACUCGCCGGUGCACUGGCAAGAACAUUGCCAUGACCGAGAUCCUCAAAAUCACUCCUGAGAUCAUACGUCGUUUCGACUUUGAGCUGACACAUGACGGCGAGUGGACGACGCACAACGCUGCUUUCAACGUGCAGCAUGGUGUUACGUGUCGCUUCCGCAAGAGACAAGGAGUCGCUUGAAUCCUUCCGUAGCGCUGUAAUUGUUCCAGGGUAGGAAAAGUUGAGAUGCGGGUGCAUUUGCUUUUUCGU